GAAGUAGCUAUGGCAGCCGCAGCCAGUGUGACCUGGGAGCAGUAGGAGUCUAACAUGCGGGGUUUUACACAAACUUUCAGCAGCUCUGGACUCUAUUCGCAGCUCCUCAGCCGUCUAAAAACUCGACCCGGAGUGUGAGUUCAAUGCUGGCCCACGGCGGGACGUGUGUGCGUGAUCCAUGUAAUUGCCUUAUGGAGUUUGGCACACAGUUCGUUGCCAAUGGCUUAAGGUUGAAGUGAAGCUGAGUGACUCAUUCUGACCACGGAGGUACCUGUUACUGGUGAAACAUGCCCUUACCAUUCGGAUUAAAACUUAAGAGAACUCGAAGAUACACGGUCUCCAGUAAGAGCUGCCUGGUCACACGCAUACAGCUGCUUAAUGGCGAAUUUGUUGAGUUUACUCUUUCUGUGGAGAGCACAGGCCAAGAAUGUCUGGACGCAGUUGCUCAGAGACUCGAGUUACGGGAGAUAACAUAUUUCAGCCUCUGGUACUUCAACAAACAAAACCAACAGAGAUGGAUCGAUUUAGAAAAGCCACUGAAGAAACAGCUUGACAAGUAUGGACUGGAGCCCACCGUUUACUUUGGAGUCGUGUUCUAUGUACCGACUGUUUCUCAGUUGCAACAAGAGAUAACCAGAUACCAGUAUUACCUUCAGCUGAAGAAAGAUAUUCUGGAGGGCAGGAUUCCAUGCUCAAUUGAACAGGCAAUCCGCUUGGCUGGCUUGGCAGUACAAGCUGACUUUGGGGACUUCAAUCGCUAUGACUCCCAAGAGUUUCUCCAGAAAUUUGUGCUUUUCCCAAUCGAAUGGAUUCAAGAUGAGAGGGUUGUUGAAGAAGCCACACAAAAAGUUGCUCUGCUUUAUCAAAGCUACCGAGGCCUUCCAGUCCCAGAAGCAGAGAUGCUGUACAUGCAAGAGGUGGAAAAGAUGGAAGCCUAUGGUCAGGAAAGUUUUCAGGCCAAGGAUAGCCAGGGUGCAGACAUACUCAUUGGAUCCUGUCUGGAUGGAAUAUUUGUCAAGCACAAAAAUGGCCGAGCACCUCUUUUAUUCCGGUGGAAUGACAUUAAUAACAUGACUCAUAAUAAGUCUUUCUUUGCACUGGAGCUGGCAAACAAAGAGGACACCAUUCAGUUUCAGACUGAGGACAUGGAGACUUCCAAAUAUGUGUGCAGAAUGUGCCUGGCACGGCACAAGUUUUAUAAGAUUAACAAGAGCAGUCUAGAGGAAUCUGAUGCCCCGCCUUCUGAGGGCUCCCAGAAGUCCAUUCUCACUCUUUCAUUUCCUCGCUUUCCAAUGCUCUCUCGUCCCUCUCUGCCUUCUAACAAGGGCCAAACUCAACCUGCCCCUGUGAACCCUGUCAGACAGCGUUCCUCCACAAGAAUGUCUCUGCCCAAGCCUCAGGCCUAUAUGAUGCCACCACCUCAGUUACACUACAAUGGCCAUUACAAUGAGCCUUACACAUCGUCUCAAGACAACCUUUACAUGAACAAUCAAAAUGGAUACUACUAUCAUUCUCAGACCAGCCUGGACCGUUCCCCUCAUGAGUACAACGGAAGGAUUCGGAAUGGCAGUGUGUACAGCGCACACAGCACCAGCUCUCUCAACAAUCCCCAGCACUACCUGCAGCCAUCGCCCAUGUCCUCUAACCCUAGCAUCACAGGCAGUGAUGUCAUGAGGCCCGAUUACGUGCCCUCUCAACGUCACAGUGUCCUUAUCCCUCCCUCCUACCGUGCCACGCCAGACUAUGAGACAGUUAUGCGACAAAAGAACCGUGGUGUAAUUCCUGCGGCAGAACGGCAGAGCCAUUCGAUGAGGAAUCUCAACAUUGGCAACUCCUAUGCCUACAGCCGGCCUGACCCUCUGGUCUACAGCCAGCCUGAGAUCCGUGAGCAUGGCACCACCCAAUACAAUCUCAACUAUAGCUUCCACAGCCCUUCGCCCUACCCUUAUCCCACUGAAAGACGACCCGUGGUGGGUGCCGUCAGCGUGCCUGAGCUUACCAAUGUGCAACUGCAGCAGGCCCAGGACUACCCUGCUCCCAACAUCAUGAGGACUCAGGUGUACAGACCACCUCCUCCAUAUCCUUACUCGCACCCCAGGCCAGCCAACAGUACCCCAGACCUCUCUCGCCACCUCUACGUAAGCAGCAGCAAUCCAGACUUAAUCACUCGACGAGUGCACCACUCAGUGCAGACCUUCCAGGAGGACAGCCUGCCAGUAGCCCAUUCACUGCAAGAAGUGAGUGAGCCACUCAUCACCACUCGUCAUACUCGUAUGCAAAAGCGCAACUCUAUUGAGAUUGCUGGACUAGCGUACGGCUUGGAGAACAUGAGGCUCAAAGAGAGGGCAGUGUCUGUCUCUGCUGCUGAAACUUCACCCUCAGUCACCUCUCCUGUAGCCCCUGCAGCCUCCGGCUCUGACCUCAACGUCUUUCUGGAAAGGACCAAGGCAGAAGGUGAGAUCAUAAAAGAGGACGUGUGCUACGGGCACAAAAAGUCACUGUCCGACGCCACCAUGCUGGUUCACAGCAGUGGAGAAGAAGAAGAGUUUGAGGACGACAGCGGCCGCCAUACCCCGCAGUCUCAGGACGCAGCUGCUGGUCCAGACCAGCAACACAUGACUGUUCUUGGCCAUCCAAUAAUGGAGCAACCUCCACCAGCUUAUCCCUUUCCCCCCAGCUUGGAUCCAGUUCUUACUGGCUCCCUGGGGUUCCAACCUCAGCCUCAGAUCCGUGAGCAGGACGAGGUAGGGCCACUGUACCCGCUUAGUGAGACCGACACACUUAUGCCCUCAGUUUCAGAGGGGGAUCUGAACAGUCAAAUCCGAUCAAAGCAUAAGGGUCAAUUGAUGAAAAAGAGACCCGUUUCAGAUGUGCCAGCUGCAAAAAGGAACGUUGACGGCCUCCCGCCACCUGGCAUGAAGAAGGUAGUUCGUUCAGAUGUUAAGAAGAUGGGCCCACUGAAGCUGGCGGCUCUCAAUGGAUUAACACUUACGCAAAUGCCGUUGCCGGACGAGGGCAAGGAUGAGCCAGGGAAGGCCUCCAAUGAUGAAAGGUGUAAGCUCCUGGAGCAGAAGCUGGAGCAAGGAAUGGUGUUUACAGAGUAUGAACAAGUGCCAAAGAAACGGCCCAGCUGUGAUUGCAGCAUUGCGCAGCUGCCUGAAAACGCAGAGCGGAAUCGCUUCCAGGACGUUCUGCCCUAUGACGACACCCGUGUGGAGCUUGUGCCUACUAAAGAGAACAACACCGGCUAUAUCAACGCCUCACACAUCAAAGUUACAGUAGGGGGAGAGGAGUGGAGCUACAUUGCAUCCCAAGGUCCCCUCUCUCACACAUGCCAGGACUUCUGGCAGAUGGUUUGGGAACAAGGAAUUGCAAUUAUUGCUAUGGUUACUGCUGAAGAGGAGGGUGGUCGCGAGAAAAGCUACCGUUACUGGCCGCGAUUGGGAUCUCGUCACAACACGGUCACAUAUGGCCGCUUUAAAAUCACCACACGAUUCCGCACAGACUCGGGCUGCUACGCAACCACAGGCCUGAAGAUUAAACAUCUCCUGACAGGCCAGGAACGAACCGUCUGGCACUUACAGUACACAGACUGGCCUGAUCAUGGCUGCCCUGAAGACUUCAAAGGCUUUCUGUCGUACUUGGAGGAGAUUCAGUCCGUAAGGCGGCACACCAACAGCACCAGCGAUCCAAAGAACACAAAUCCACCCGUGUUGGUGCACUGCAGUGCAGGGGUGGGGCGCACUGGUGUGGUCAUUCUGAGUGAGGUCAUGGUAGCCUGUCUGGAACAUAAUGAGAUGCUGGACGUCCCUACUGUUCUGAAGUUGCUGCGACAUCAACGCAUGAUAAUGGUGCAAACCAUUUCCCAGUACACCUUCAUCUACAAAGUCCUUAUACAGUUUCUUAAAAACUCCAGACUUAUAUAAGCUUAAAGGGGUUGGUUAAGCUGCCACAGGCACAGAAAAUGUUCUUCUGUGAUAACUGAAGCAGAUGUCUACCCCAGUGAGGGACACCUUGCCAAGGGUGCCAAAGGACAAUGUUCCAGAGGAGUCGAAGACUCCAAACCUGCUGAAUAGAGCAGACCCCUCAGUUCCACGCCUGAGCGCUUUCUGUAAGUGUUAAGGAAGAGGCCGAAGCACAGGAGGAGCUGGGUCAGGUAUGAAGGAUUUGGCAAAACCAGCUUAUGCUCUUUUUAAUCAGUAUUAUUCAGAGAUGUCACUGUGGAAUUUUACUCUAUGAUUACUGCUAAUGAAUCACAGCACUUUUACUGUAAAUAGCAAUAACACUAAUGCUGCAUCUUUAUUGUUAAGUGUAUAACAAUAUUGAGUGCGUUACAAAAAAGGUUUUCUUUUUUUUUUCCUCAUUAAUGACUAUCUUGGUUGAUAGUUUUGAGUGAAGGUUUACUGAGUUGAAGUGAAAAUUGUGGUCACUGUGUUUAAAGAUUUGAGUGCGGGUUUGAACAGUGAGGGCUGAAAUUUUAUCUACUUUCUCAGAAGUAAGUAUCGUAACUUUACAAUGGUGUAGGGUUUUUUUUAGAGUGAGCACUCUCUCAUGAGACUUGCAUUAUAUUUGCAUUUCUUUUCUCAUGAUCAUAAUGGAGUAUUGCAUGAUAGUCAUGCAUAUUGCAUAACUCUAAAGUUAGGAUACAGCCAAAGAGAAGUAAUGAAAUAUUUAUGUGUAUAUAUAAAUAGAUAUCAUCUCUGUCAUCCAAAACCUUUUAUCUCCAUUUUUGUUGUUUUUACUUUUUGACAAAAUUGUAAUCUGGCAGUUGUUCUUAAUAUUAGCUGUGUUCCAAAUACAGGGUAGGAUCAUGCUAUGCUCCUCCUUAGCAGCCUUUUGAAACCCAAAUGGAACAGUUUCCCCAGAUAGGGAUUAAGCCUAGUCUUACACUAUGUUACACUAAACUACCACUAAAAGUAAGCUAGCUUGCUCAGCAUUUUCUAAUGUCUGAAUUAUAAUACAAAUAUAUGGAUGAAGGCUUUAAUUUGUUAAUGAUUGUGCCCUUUUUUCGAAAGUAAUGAAGAUGAAUUUCUACCAUUUUUGUGGUGGUGAUUUUUUUCAUUAUUUGUUUUGUUUAUUAUUUCCCUCUUUGCAUUGAAUGUGUGUGAAGAACUAUGUGAAACUAAAGGCUUUGAAGGAUGCAUAAUUUGCAUUCUCAAAAUAACAACUGUAGGCUGCAUUUCUAGGAUGUAUAUAAAGGGUCCUUCACUUUGGAACAGCCUUUUAUGAUGUAGGUUACUUCAGUUGGAACACAGCUAAUGUGUGAAGAUUUUGAUUAUUUGAAUUAAUUAAAAUGGUUAAAUUAUUUUUUCUGCUCAUGUAAAAUUUAAACUUUUUGGAGAUAUGUUUGUUAGCCUGACAUUGACGAUAUAUAAACAUUAUUAAAAUAAUUUAUAAUGUGGCAUAUCACUUGUAUUAAAACAUUUCUUUCUUUCUUUUUUUAAAUGCCCCAGCCCUUUUUGUUCUGGCUGUAUUAUUUCUUUUUUCUUUAGUAGUAUAUCUCUAAUUUAUGCUACAUUUUCACCAGGAUGUUAGAAUGAAUGCAACCAAAGAGUUGUCAGACUUGAAUUUUGGAUUCUUUGAAUUCAAAGACACAGCUAUCCUCUUUAUGCAAAACUGUAUAUGGUCUUGAUCCUUUAGCCAGACAACGCUUAUGAUAAUCUACCAAAGAAUUUUUCCUUCUCAGAUCUGAUAGUGUUCUGGGUGUCUUCUUGCACUGUGUGAAACUUGCUGUUUUCUGUGUCAGAGGAGCUAAAACGAAACAGAUAGUCUAAUAAUGAAAGUAAUGCAAUGUGCCAUGUUAAUGUGAUCCCUGUGAUGGUGUGUACAGAUGCCAUGUGACCUUUUAGAUUCUUUGCAUGCCUUGAGAUCAGCUGUGAUGCACAUGGUUAUUUUACCUACAUUCCACCAAAGGGUUGCCAGGUGUUUCUGUACCGAAACAUAAACUGCACUGUGUGAAAUUUGAGAUUCAAAUUCCAAUUUGCACCAAGGACACAAAAUAUGACCAGGUUAGUCUCCUCCAUACCACUGACUUUGUUGAAAGAUUUUAAUAUAAGACUAGACGCUCUCAUUUUAAGAUUAGUAAAAUUAACUGGCCAUCAUCUGCUUUAGUAACAAAUGGCACAGUGCAGCAUUGCACCAUCUGAUCUCAUGAGUGUUUGAGCAGUUGAUCAGAUUUGUAAGAGAACAAACAUACAUUUGCUGUGCAUCUGAACACACUGGGAUACAUUACCACAUUUUAAAUGGUAUUUUUUAAAGCUAAAAGAGUGUUUUAGUUUAUUUUCUCUAUUCACUUGGCCUGUUAUCCCCAGAUUAAGUUUUAAGACUUGGACUAAAAAAUAGAAGUCUCUGGCUGCAUGUUUUUAUCCAAGUCUAGGCUUAAUCUGCUUGUGGAAAACUGGCCUAUUAAUUCAGGGUUAAUGUAAUUCUGGAUUAGAGAAGCUACUCCAGAGUCUUACUUUUACAUUUUAAUUAGAUUUUGUAACAGUGUUGUUAAAACAUUCAUGAACUUUUGAUGCAGAGGCAAGUCAAAUCAUCUACCAUUUAAUCAGCAAUAUAGAAAUGUACAUUUAUAUUUUUAGUGCAUUAUCUCAACCCAUGUUCUAUGUUUCAGUAUAAGGGCCCCUGUCAUAUAAUAGCACACUGAGUUAUUGGAAAUUUGCAGCUUUUAAAACUGUUCCGAAUAGAUUUCCAGAGAGCUAAAUCCUGUGUAGGUUUGUGCUCUAAGAGGGGAAAGAAUCAAGGUAAACGAUAAUCAUUUUAUACGAAAUUAUAGCACAAAUGUUUGGGAUUUUUUAAUCACCAAAAAGAACAUAUUUUUGUAUUUAUGGUCAAAUUUAUUGUGGGUUUAACAACUUCUAAAAGGGCAGCUUGUCUUUCAUUUGUCUAAGAAAAAUUAAACUUCAACUUCAUGUACCGGUAACUUAAUUUUAUUAAGCAAAACACAUUUGUCAUCCAUAUCCUCUGUAAUCAUAUAAUCAGCAUGCUUCAUUUAGGUCAACUAGACAGUCUGCCAUUUACCAUGUGGCAUGAUAUAGAUGAUGUAGAACAGACCACUAAAUUGUACCUGAAGUGUAUUUGAUGGAACUCAUAUAUGGCACCUCUUUAAGAGGUAGAGCACACUUUCUUACAUAAUACUUAAAAAAAACUUUUUUUUUUUUGGUAGAAUGUUUUAAAUAAUAGUGGUUUAAGGGGUGCCAGCUCACAAAUUUGUGCUUUGUUUACCUUUGUGAAACUGGUCCACAGGGUCAGACCUGUACUCUAGAGCUAAAUUAAUCAGAGCCUAUUUUCAAAUGGUGACCCAAGCCCUGUGGUCCACCUUUUAAAGCCAAUGCUCCGGUUACAUCUGAAACAUACACACCUAUAGAGUAAGAAUGUUUUGGAGAAUGUUUUAAAGGAUUUAAAUGAAACAGACUAGACGCUCACAUAGCUGGAAAAGAACCCACACUUUCUAAUUUGAUCACAGCUGCUGUUAAAAGGGAAUUGUGGGAAAUGGUGUGCUUGUCAUAGGGCUUAAUAAGGGUGCAUGGAGGGUGCUUAUAAACACCCUCGUCGGCAUGCUGGACUACUGGACCACAGGUGUGCCAUUUGGGACUGGGCUGAGUUUGUACUUUCAGUUGAAUUGAAUAACUAACCUCAGAACCUACCUUCAUAGUGUUUCUUCAUUUGUAUUACACAUUUAUAUCAAUACUGGAAAAAUAUUAUGGGGAUUGAGGGGUGUUGAAUAAAUUGAAGAAAACUGGAUAAUAAUGGCCCUUCUUGGGGCUGGUUUAUGUUUUUAAUAUAUGUGAAUUAUUAAUAUCAGACACUGUUUAUAUAAUUGAUUUUAGUUUAUUAAAUAUUAACAAAAAAUAUAUAUUUGUUGCCAUUGCAAACCUUUUGCCCCAGAAAUCACUUUUGCAUCUCACAAAAUAUCAGAAUUCAUAUCCCAAUGUAAAUGACUUUCUAGAAGGAACUUUUCUUAAAGUAAAUAAAUAUUUUGAAAAUGUACAA